AUGGUGCUGGGGGGCGGCGGAGACCCCGAGGGAGGGCGGAGGGGCCGGCGGCCUGGCGGGCCCUGGAGGCCUGCGGCGGGGGCUGAGGGCGCGGCGGCUGGCAGGGACGAUGGCCCCGCGCUGUCCGCUCUCAAGCGCCUGGAGCGAUCGCAGCGCACCGACCGGCUGGACGCGCUCUUCGGCUUCGAGCGGCCAGCGGAGCCCGGCGAGCGGACGGGCUGGCUCAUCAACAUGCACCCGACGGAGGUGCUGGAUGAGAACCGGCGGUCGGUGAGCGCUGUGGACUAUUACUUCAUCCAGGAGGACGGGAGCCGCUUCAAGGUGGCCCUGCCCUACAAGCCUUACUUCUACAUCGCCACUCAGAAGGGCUGCGAGCAAGAAGUGUCCUCCUUCCUCUCCAAGAAGUUCCAAGGGAAGAUUGCAAGGCUGGAAACUGUCCCCAAAGAAGACUUGGACCUGCCAAACCACUUGGUGGGUCUGAAGAGGAACUACAUCAAGCUGUCCUUCAACACGGUGGAUGACUUGGUAAAGGUGCGGAAGGAGAUCUCUCCUGCCGUGAGGAAAAACAGAGAGCGGGACCAGGCGAGCGAUGUCUACACGGCCAUGCUGUCAAGCGCUCUGAGUGGAGGCAUCCUGACCACGGAUGAAGACGGAGCCUCCAGGAAGGUGGCCAACCAGAUGGACAAUAUCCUGGAUAUGCGGGAAUACGAUGUGCCCUACCAUGUGCGCCUGUCCAUUGACCUGAAGAUCCAUGUGGCUCACUGGUACAACGUGCGGUACCGGGGCAGCACCUACCCCCCUGAAAUCACCCGCCGAGACGACCUCGUGGAGCGCCCGGAUCCUGUCGUUCUUGCCUUUGACAUUGAAACUACCAAACUCCCUCUGAAGUUUCCCGAUGCAGAGACAGACCAGAUCAUGAUGAUCUCCUACAUGAUUGAUGGGCAGGGCUACCUCAUCACCAACAGGGAGAUCGUCUCUGAGGAUAUCGAAGACUUCGAGUUUACUCCCAAGCCAGAGUAUGAGGGGCAGUUUUGUGUCUUUAAUGAACCAGAUGAAGCUCAUUUAAUCCAGAGAUGGUUUGAACAUAUCCAGGAGACGAAACCAAACAUCAUUGUCACAUACAACGGAGACUUCUUUGACUGGCCCUUUGUGGAAGCAAGAGCAACAGUGCAUGGAAUUAAUAUGUACCAGGAAAUCGGGUUUCAAAAGGACAGCCAGGGAGAAUACAAAGCAUCCCAGUGCAUCCACAUGGACUGUCUAAGGUGGGUGAAGAGGGACAGUUACCUCCCAGUGGGAAGUCACAACCUGAAAGCAGCAGCUAAAGCAAAACUGGGUUAUGAUCCAGUGGAGCUGGACCCUGAAGAGAUGUGCCGAAUGGCUACCGAGGAGCCUCAGACCCUGGCCACCUAUUCAGUGUCCGAUGCAGUUGCUACCUAUUACAUGUAUAUGAAGUACGUGCAUCCUUUCAUUUUUGCCUUGUGCACCAUCAUUCCCAUGGAGCCAGAUGAGGUGUUAAGAAAAGGAUCUGGGACACUGUGUGAGGCACUGCUGAUGGUUCAGGCCUAUCAUGCCAACAUCAUCUUCCCCAACAAGCAGGAGCAGGAAUUCAACAAGCUUACAGAAGAUGGCCACGUGCUGGACUCAGAGACAUACGUGGGAGGCCACGUGGAAGCUCUGGAGUCGGGGGUGUUCCGCAGUGACAUCCCCUGCCGCUUCAGAAUGAAUCCUGCUGCCUUCGACUUCCUGGUGCAGCACGUGGAGAAGACGCUGCGGCAUGCCAUCGAGGAUGAGGAGGGUCUGCCACUGGAUCAGGUCACCAACUUCCAGGAGGUCUGUGAUGAAAUCAAGGUCAAACUGAAUUCCCUGAAGGAAGUUCCAAACAGAAUUGAGUGUCCCCUUAUCUACCAUCUAGACGUGGGGGCCAUGUACCCCAACAUCAUUCUGACCAACAGGUUGCAGCCCUCAGCCAUGGUGGAUGAGGCCACAUGUGCUGCCUGCGACUUCAACAAGCCGGGUGCCAACUGCCAGCGCCGGAUGACUUGGCAGUGGAGAGGAGAGUUCAUGCCUGCCAGCCGCAGCGAGUACCACCGCAUCCAGCAGCAGCUGGAGUCAGAGAAGUUUCCUGCUCUGGCCCCUGACGCAGCGCCCCGUGCUUUCCACGAGCUCUCCCGGGAGGAGCAGGCCAAGUAUGAGAAGAAGCGGUUGGCAGAUUACUGCCGCAAGGCGUACAAGAAGAUCCAUGUCACCAAGGUGGAGGAACGAGUCACCACCGUCUGCCAGCGAGAGAACUCUUUCUAUGUGGACACGGUGCGGGCUUUCAGGGACCGCCGCUACGAGUUCAAGGGGCUGCACAAGGUGUGGAAGAAGAAGCUGUCUGCAGCGGUGGAGGCAGGAGAUGCCUCUGAAGUGAAGCGCUGCAAGAACAUGGAAAUCCUGUAUGACUCCCUCCAGCUGGCCCACAAGUGCAUCCUCAACUCUUUCUAUGGCUACGUCAUGCGGAAAGGAGCUCGCUGGUACUCCAUGGAAAUGGCUGGCAUCGUCUGCUUCACGGGAGCAAAUAUCAUCACCCAGGCCAGGGAACUGAUUGAGCAGAUUGGGAGACCUCUGGAACUGGAUACCGAUGGGAUUUGGUGCGUCCUCCCCAACAGCUUCCCAGAGAACUUUGUCAUCAAGUCAACCAAUGCCAAGAAACCAAAGGUGACGAUCUCCUACCCAGGUGCCAUGCUGAACAUCCUGGUGAAGGAAGGCUUCACAAAUGAUCAGUACCAGGAGCUGCAGGACCCGGCCUCCCUCACCUACACCACACGCUUGGAGAACAGCAUCUUUUUUGAAGUGGAUGGGCCAUACCUGGCCAUGAUCCUCCCUGCGUCCAAGGAGGAGGGCAAGAAGCUGAAGAAAAGGUACGCAGUGUUCAAUGAGGAUGGGUCCCUGGCCGAGCUGAAGGGGUUUGAGGUGAAGCGCCGGGGAGAGCUGCAGCUGGUGAAGAUAUUCCAGUCUUCAGUGUUUGAAGCCUUUCUGAAAGGCAGCACCCUGGAGGAGGUCUACGCUUCCGUGGCCAAGGUGGCAGAUUACUGGCUGGAUGUGCUCUACAGCAAGGCUGCCAACAUGCCUGAUUCAGAGCUGUUUGAGCUGAUCUCGGAGAACCGGUCCAUGUCACGCAAGCUGGAGGACUAUGGGGAGCAGAAGUCUACGUCCAUCAGCACUGCCAAGCGCCUGGCAGAGUUCCUGGGGGACCAGAUGGUGAAGGAUGCAGGGCUGAGCUGCCGGUUCAUCAUUUCCAAGAAACCAGAAGGAUCUGCGGUGACAGAGAGAGCCAUCCCUCUGGCCAUCUUCCAAGCUGAGCCCAGCGUGCGCAAACACUACCUCCGAAAGUGGCUGAAGAGCCCUUCGCUGCAGGACUUGAACAUCCGCGCGAUCCUGGACUGGGACUACUACAUUGAGAGGCUGGGAAGCACCAUCCAGAAGAUCAUCACCAUUCCUGCAGCCCUGCAGCAGGUAAAGAACCCGGUGCCACGGGUCCGGCACCCAGACUGGCUCCACAAGAAACUCCUGGAGAAGAAUGAUGUGUACAAACAGAAAAAAAUCAACGAGCUCUUCACUUCGGAAGGCAAGAGACAGGUCCUCACCAACCAGCCCCCAGAGGGGACGCCCAGCUCACAGGUUGGUGACAUAGAGGAUUUUGGGGCUGCCAAGAGCCGUCAGCCAGCAGUUCCUAUCGCAAACAAGCGGAAGAGAGUCCCUGCAGCAGAGGAAAGCCAACAGAUGUCUCAGGACCUUGAGCUGUCCCAGUCCUGGCGAGAGAUCCUGGGUCCACCCCCGCCCUUGGGUACCACCAAGGAGCAGCGCCUGGUCUGGCUGCGCUACCACCAGAAGAAGUGGGAGCUGCAGGCGUGGCAGCGGCGGGAGCGACGCAAGAGGCGGCGCCUGGAGGCUGGAGGGGAGGCAGUGACCGGAGGAGGCGCCCGGUGCCGGCAGGCGCUCUCCCUCUCCCGAGGGCUGGGCAGUUACCUGCGCCAGGCAGCGCGCAGCAUCCUGGACCUGCCCUGGCAGAUCCUGCAGGUUGCUGAGACCAGCCAGCCUGGACUGUUCAGGCUGUGGGCACUCAUCGGAAGCGACCUGCACUGCAUCAGGCUGAGCAUUCCCCGGGUCUUCUAUGUCAACCAGCGUGUCCCAAAGCCGGAGGAGGGAGCAGCCUACAGGAAGGUGAACAGGAUCCUGCCCCGCUCGAACUUAGUUUACAACCUGUAUGAAUACUCAGUCCCUGAAGACAUGUACCAAGAGCACAUCAAUGAAAUCAAUGCAGACCUCUCUGCUCCGGACAUUGAGGGGGUCUAUGAGACACAGGUGCCGCUGCUCUUCCGCGCCCUGAUGCAACUGGGCUGUGUGUGCAUGGUCAGCAGACAGCUUGUCGGGCACCUGGCAGGGCGGGAAGCUGAAACCUUCGAUAUCGAUCACCUAGAGAUGCGCUCACUGGCCCAGUUCACAUACCUGGAGCCAGGAAGCAUUCGCCACAUCUACCUCUACCACAGCUCCCAGGGCAGCAAGGCACUCUUGGGCCUUUUCAUCCCCUCCCAGCGCAAAGCUGCCGUCUUUGUGCUGGACAAGGUCCGCAGCAACCAGAUGCCAAAUCUCAGCACCCUCUUCUCGGCGGAGCGCAGCGCACUGCUGGAGAAGGUGGGUGAGGAGCUACUGCCCCCAGACAAGCACACCUUUGAAGUGCGUGCUGAGACCGACCCCAAGACCAUUUAUAGAGCCAUCCAGCGGCUGCUGCUGGCCUACAAGGAUGAGCGCCGAGGCCCCACACUGGUGGCUGUGCAGUCUAACUGGGACCUGAAACGGCUGCUGAGCGGGAUCCCCAUCAUUGAGGAGUUCCCUUUGGUCCCCAUCCAGCUGGUAGAUGACAUCAGCUACUCGGUCCUGGACUGGCAGCGCCACGCUGCCCGCCGCAUGAUCCGCCACUACCUCAACCUGGACACGUGCCUCUCGCAGGCGUUCGAGAUGAGCAGGUAUUACCACAUCCCCAUUGGGAACCUCCCCAGUGACAUCUCUACCUUUGGCUCUGACCUGUUCUUCUCCCGCCACCUCCGUCGUCACAACCACUUGCUGUGGCUGUCACCCACGGCCCGCCCAGACCUGGGGGGUAAGGAGGCUGAUGACAACCGCCUCGUCAUGGACUUUGAUGAGAGAGCCUCUGUGGAGAUCAACAACCCUGGCUGCUACUCCACAGUGUGUCUGGAGCUGGACAUCCAGAGCUUGGCUGUCAACACGGUGUUGCAGUCCCACCACAUAAACGACAUGGAAGGAGGCUCCAGCAUGAGCAUCAGCUUUGAUGUGAUUCAGCAGGCAUCCCUAGAAGACAUGGUGACAGGGAACCAAGCUGCCAACAUCCCCGCCAGCUAUGAUGAAACUGCCCUCUGCUCCAACACUUUCAGGAUCCUGAAGAGCAUGGUGGUGAGCUGGGUGAAGGAGAUCACGCAGUAUCACAACGUCUAUGCAGACAACCAGGUCAUUCACUUCUACCGCUGGCUCCGCUCUCCUUCCUCCCUGCUCUAUGACCCAGCACUGCACCGCAUGCUCCACAACAUGAUGAAGAAGCUUUUCCUGCAGCUGGUGGCAGAGUUCAAGCGCUUGGGCUCCUCAGUGGUUUAUGCCAACUUCAACCGCAUCAUUCUGUGCACCAAAAAGCGGCGCAUCGAGGAUGCCAUCAGCUACAUGGAAUACAUCAUCAACAGCAUCCACUCCAAGGAGAUCUUCCAUUCUCUGACCAUCUCCUUUUCCCGCUGCUGGGAGUUCCUCCUCUGGAUGGAUCCAGCAAAUUAUGGAGGUAUCAAGGGCAAAGUGGAUUCUCGCAUCCACUAUGGGGAGAAGGACACCAGCAAGAGUCAAGUGUGGGAGGAGGAGCAGGAGGACAGCGAGGAGGAGGAGGAGGAGGAGGUGGUGGCGGUGGGGGAAGAAGAGGAAGGGGAGCUGAAUGUGGAGGAGCUGCUGGAGAACAGCUGGAACAUGGCGCAGUUCCUGCCUCAGGCCGCCUCCUGCCAGAGUUACUUCCUGAUGAUUGUGUCAGCCUACAUCGUGGCCGUGUACCACAGCAUGAAGGAGGAGCUGCGGCGCAGUGCCCCUGGGAGCACCCCUGUCAAGAGGAGAAGCACCAGCCAGGUGUCCCAAGAGGCACUGGGAGAGAUGGGGGCCCUGCCUGGCACGAUCACCUUCUCACAGGAUUAUGUGGCCAAUGAGCUCACCCAGAGCUUCUUCAGCAUCACCCAGAAGAUCCAGAAGAAGAUAUCUGCUUCUCGAAAUGCCACUGAGCCUUCAGACAUGUUCCCGGUGCUGCCUGGCUCCUACUUGCCCCUCAACAACCCAGCUUUGGAGUUCAUCAAGUAUGUUUGCAAGGUCCUUUCCCUGGAUGCCAAUAUAACCAACCAGGUGAACAAACUGCGCCGGGACCUGCUGCGGCUCAUUGAGGUGGGCGAGUUCUCAGAAGCUGCCCAGUUCCGGGACCCUUGCCGCUCCUAUGUGCUCCCUGAAGUCAUCUGCAGGAACUGCAACUUCUGCAGGGACCUGGACCUGUGCAAGGACCCUGCCCUCUCCCAGGAUGGGUCAGCGGUGCCCGGCUGGGUCUGCUCCAACUGCCAAAUGCAGUAUGACUCUGAUGCCAUCGAAGCAGCACUGGUGGAAGCCCUUCAGAAGAAGCUGAUGGCUUUUGUGCUGCAGGAUCUGGUGUGCAAGAAGUGUCAUGGUGUGAAGGAGAGAAACAUGCCAGUGUACUGCAGCUGUGCUGGAGACUUUGCCCUCACCAUCUCCUCCCAGACCUUUAUGGAGCAUGUCAAAGUCUUCCAGAGCAUCGCCCGGCACUACAGCAUGGCCUAUCUGCUGGAAACCAUUGAGUGGCUGCUGUGCACCAAUCCGCAGCUGCAGCAAUGAGGGGUUGGGGGGUGCUGCUCCUCCUG